GGCGGAUGACGCCAGCGCGCUGCGGAGUUGCGUCCGGAGCUUCCUGCCGCGUCGGGGGGUGGGCGGUCUGUUUUGUGGUGGUUGAUUUUGGCAAGCUAUUGCAACACUACGAUGACCCACUGGUUUCAUCGCAAUCCCUUGAAGGCCACGGCCCCGGUUUCCUUCAACUUCUACGGAGUGGCGACUAACAACGCGGCGGCCAAGAUAUGCAAUGACUUGAGAAGCACAAGGAUGAAACUCCUGGAGUUAUUUCUAGAUGUGAAUUGUAACAUGGAAAUGAUGAAGAAUGCAGUAGAUGCAUACUUCUCCCUUUUACAAGGUUUCAUAACAUCGCUAGAUGGCACCACACAAGAAAAUAAACUGCGUUUUAUUCAGAACUUUAAAUGGACUGAUACCUUGCAGGGAAACGUAGCAAGUGCUCAACAGGAUGCCAUCUUCGACCUAGUCUCUAUGGAGUUUAAUGUCGCUCUUUGGCACACAAAGUAUGCCUCCAGACUUGCUGGAAAGGAGGAUAUUACAGUGGAUGAAGCAAAGGAGGUACACAGAAGCUUGAAGACUGCAGCUGGGAUCUUCAAACAUAUCAAGGAAAAUGAAGUCGGCAAACUUGUGACAGCUCCUGAGAAAGGAAAAGACCUCGAAUCACGGGUUCUUGAUACCUACAUUGUUCAGUGUCAAGCUGAGGCUCAAGAAGUGACCAUCGCAAGAGCCAUUGAACUGAAGCACAAUCCAGGUCUAAUUGCAGCUCUGGCCUAUGAAACGGCUAACUUUUACCAGAAAGCUGAUAACAGCCUUACCACCUUGGAUCCUAGCUACACAGCAAAAUGGAAGAAGUACUUGCAGCUCAAAAACUGUUUCUAUCUGGCUUAUGCAUACUGUUACCAUGGCCAGACCUUGCUAGCCAGUGAUAAAUGUGGGGAAGCCAUCCGAUCUCUACAAGAAGCAGAAAAGUACUACUCCAAGGCAGAGACCUUGUGUAAGGAGUAUGGACAGACAAAGGGGCCAGGAUCUACCGCCAAACCAUCAGAACACUUGUUCUUCAGGAAGCUGGGAACAUACGUCAAGAACACCUUGGAAAAGUGUCAGAGAGAGAAUGGGUUCAUCUAUUUCCAGAAAGUUCCUCCAGAGGCUCCACAGCUGGAAUUGAAGGCAAGCUAUGGCUUGGUGGAACCUCAGAUAUUUGAGCUCCCAGCACUGGGAGCUGCAUGGAACCAGGAAUUGUAUGCUGCAUUCGACAUCACAAAGGGCCCCAAGGAUGACAAGGCCAAAGUGAAGGAGGAAGAGGUGAAGCCAAUGAAGGAGCCAGACCUGAAACCCCAGAAAGACACUGGCUGCUCUGUUUCAUAAAGAGACAAGCAGUGGGAACUGACUCAACUGCAUGGUCUCCUCUGCAUUGAGUGCUGAUCUAUCUUCAGAAAGGACUUUUUUGCAACAGCCAAGAACUGAAACACAGUCUGUUUUUUCUUUUUUUAUGCCCCAUUCACUGAGUGCUCUUUGCAAUGAAACUUAAGGUACAUUGCAAGUAACCAAAUGGCUGCUUGCAUUCUGUCAUCCUGCUGUCUCGGAUACUGGAAUGAGAAGCGGUUACCCUCUGGUCAGUGUUGCCCUGUCUGCAAGCACUCUUCUGCUCAUCCUGGGAAAGUGAGAGAUUAGUAUUCAGGACCUGAUGUAAACUGUAGUCAUUUUCCCAUUUACCUAUUGGUUUGCAGUAACUGACUUUAAACACCCGAACUGGAUCAUUCCAGAGCACUUGACAAACAUUCCUACUUUUUUAAUUUCAGUCACACAUCUGAAGCUUUUUUUUCUUUCAGUAGUCUGGGUGGGGCCGAGAGUGAGAGGGGCGUCUGUAUUCCCCAGGCCCUCCACACUUUACUUUCCCAGCAGCAGUUUGAUUAGUCUGUCUUUCCCCCACGAGCCACACACACAGAGGUUAUUCUGUUCAUUCUGACCAAACCUGGGCUAGAACAGAAGCCCAGUAUAUUGAAUUCUGACAUGCUCAAUGGUGGCGGUCAAAGUUCCUGGAGGCUUCCCUACUUGUCAGCUGAGCUGCUUGUAAUAUCUUGUUCCAUUGGCAAUGUGGCACUGCCUGUGUGCAGUGUUUCAAGACAAUGAUACAAAGACUCUUUCCAUACAAAGACUGCCUUCAUUUUCAAUUUACUCCUAAAUCAGACCGUCCACUAAUUCUAACACUAACCCUGUAAUAGUUAAGUUUUCCAACUGCCUCCAGAACACUUCAGUGUUGUUAAUGAUAUAAAAUCAGCCAGUGAAUCAGAAAAGAAUACAAGGAAAUUACGUAGCUGUUAAAGCCACUGCCUCAGUGCCAGAGACCAGGUUCAAUCUUCACCUCCAGUGCUGUCUGUGUGGGGUUUACAUAUUCUCCAUCAGUUUCUGCCCACACCUCAAAGAUGUGCAGGUGGCGAGAUUAAUUGGCACUAUAAAUGACCCCUUAUGUGUAGGUGAGGGUAGAUUGGGGGCAGGGGUUGUAAUUGAUGAAUCUCCAACUCUUUUGAAGGAAGAACCAUGAUGUGUGAUAUACCUAUGCACUGCUGUAACCAUACUUAAAGUUAAUGCACUUAAAUCUCAAUAUCUUGAGUUGGGAUUAAUUGUCAGAUUUUUCCUUGAAUGGGAUGGAAAGCAAGGCCCAGAGCCAGACUAGCUCCUUGCCUUACAGCUAGCUUCUAUCCCUGGUCCCAGCCUUCAAUCACACUGAUAUUUCAGCCAAACUGGGGCUUGUGAUCAAGGAGGGUGUCUCCUAGUGGCUGCUCACUGCUGUACAAGCUGAUGGAUGAAAGUUCUCUGUGUGACUAUCUACAGUUGGAUAGGCUGGUGAGGCUCUUUCCACGAUCCCAAGCCUGUGCUUGUCCAUGGCGUUGCAUGAGGUUUGAUGCUUGGAAUGAAUGGAUCUAGGAGCGAUUGAGAUAAUGGCUUGUGAACAGAAGAGGGGUAACAACUGAAAUCCUGGAUACUCGAUACAGUGCUGUUUCAAAGCUGUAUUGUAGACUUAGGCCAGUCUGAAUGUGGUGGGUUCAUCCCCAGCAGGCUCCAGUGGUGAAUGCAGUCAGUGUAGGUAGAGAUCACCCCAGUCCUUAAACACCUUCACAAUGAGACAAUAGCAAAUCUGUAGAUCAUUAAACAUGUAAAUUCAGCCAUAAAGUCUAUUAAUCUUUCUGGGGAAUUGUAUAAUUCUGUGGAUGAAUGAGGGUGUGAAUAUUAGUUUGAUUGUAAUAUUAUUCCUGCUUCUUGUUAAGAUACCUGUUUAUCAUGUAAUCUCUGCUGCUCUACAGUUAAAUGAUUUAUGUUGAUGAGGAAAAAUAAAUAUUUAUACAUUGAACAGUUUUC